UUUUGGUAGUGACUGUUAAUUUUGUAUAUAUGGUAUAUAAUCAUUCCCACGCAUUUUGUUACUGACUGUCAAUGUCGCACAUAUGGCAUAUUAUCAUUUCUCACACACUUUGUUAUUGGCUAUUAAGGUCAAUUAUUUCAAAUGCUGUUAGCUGUCCAUAUUGUUGUAAAAUGUAUAAAUACCAUGGCUUUCUUUAUCGUUGUUGCACUUCAAUACACAGUCACAGUCCAGCCUUUGUCUUUUGAUAUUUGCGUGCUUUACUAAGUCGGAAGGUACGACGAGCAGAUAGACAGAUUAAGUUCAGGCGCAGACAGAGCAAGAUAUAACAAAUUGGCGACGGGGUUUACCUUAAUUCAGUACAGUUACAACAAUUGGCGACGUGGAUUUACUUAAUUCAUCGCAGUUAUAGCACGCAACGACGACAGUUUUUAUUCUGUUCAGCGCAACUAUAUAACAUUUUUGACUGUGUAAAUUACAACCCAAUUAUAAUGUCUAUCUCUCUGGACGAUCUUCCGGUGACUGCAGUUGAGGUUGCCAGACACACACUGCGUGAUCCAGUUUUACAGCAAGUAUCAAAGUUCAUCCGAUUUGGCUGGCCUCCACAUGUUCAUUCAAAUGUUUUAAAACAGUUUUACCAGCGACGCAAAUCCCUAUCCAUCGUUAAUGGAUGCAUAAUGUUUGCUGAUCGUGUUGUCGUUCCAGCUAAUCUUCGUGACCAUGUGCUUCGGCAGCUUCAUAUAUCACAUCCUGGUGUUGGGAGAAUGAAGGCGAUCGCUCGCAGUUAUGUUUACUGGCCCAACAUCGAUGACCAUAUCGAAGACCUCGUUCGCAAGUGUAGUAAAUGUGCUCAAGCAUCAAAGUGUCCACGCAAGACAGAACUAUGUUCCUGGCCACGACCGGACAAACCAUGGUCCCGUGUUCAUGUUGACUUCGCUGGACCGUUCAAUAGUAUGCAUUUCUUAAUAUGUGUCGACGCGUUUUCCAAAUGGCCAGAGAUAUUUCCUAUGCAUUCUGCCACAUCAAUUGCAACAGUGUCCCUCCUACGUCAACUAUUACUGAACGUUUCGUCGACACCUUUAAGCGUGCUUAUGCAAAAGCGAAGGGGGAGGGAACAACAGAAAAAAUUUUGGAUAAAUUCUUGCUGCAUUAUCGUACGAAUGAAAAAGGACAGUUAUGUGGCAGACACACAGAUCACGCUCUAUCCAGUACCACGCAAAGGUCAACUCGACAAAGAAGAGCUCCGAAACCUUUUCAAAUAGAUCCAAAAAGCAAGUCCUACACUCUUUACGGGGGGAGGUGAUAGGAUCCCACAUAUUUUGGUAUUGACUGUUUAAACUUGCAUAAAUGGUAUGUUAUCAUUCUCACGCAUUUUGGUAGUGACUGCUAAUUUUGUAUAUUAUCAUUCUCACGCAUUUUGGUAGUGACUGCUAAUUUUGUAUAUAUGGUAUAUAAUCAUUCCCACACAUUUUGUUACUGACUGUCAAUGUCGCACAUAUGGCAUAUUAUCAUUUCUCACACACUUUGUUAUUGGCUAUUAAGGUCAAUUAUUUCAAAUGCUGUUAGCUGUCCAUAUUGUUGUAAAAUGUAUAAAUACCAUGGCUUUCUUUAUCGUUGUUGCACUUCAAUACACAGUCACAGUCC